AUGACGUCCUAUUACAUUCCUAUCGUGGCUGUGACCACCAUCAUCCUGGCGGCUUCGCUGUUGGACUUAACUCUACUCGGGUUGGAGGAAGGCGUGGACCCCGCUUCAAGGGGCCUUCUGCGUCUCCGUCGGGAAGCUAUUGGAGAUGAAGCCCGAAAGAACGCAGUCACCGAGAGCACCGAAAAAGGUCCUUUGGGGAAGCCGGGUUCUUCUCCCCGCCGACGACGCCAGACGCGUGGUACCUCGUGGCCUCCCCGCGGGCUGAGCUGCUCGGCCAUCAACGCAUCAACGAUCCAGGUGCUGUGGUCGCCUCCGAAUCCCGCCGAUGUCAUGGGAAAUGUGCUCGGCUACCGGGUGCUUUACGGCCCUGCGCAGGAGUUUCACGAGGAAUCCUGCACGUUCCUGCUGGUCUCCCAGUCCACCGCCGUCCACCUGAAGGGCCUGACAAACGACACCCACUACAACAUCCAAGUUAUGGCCUACACCAACUCCGCCGUGGGCAGCGCUUCCCCGCCUGUUGUCUGCCACACCCCUCCGCUGAUCCCAGCGACUGCCUCCAGCGCAUCCGCGACGAUUUCUGCAUAAACAGCAGAACCGAAUUUCUCUCGUUUGGCACAUGGUAUGCUGCAGGCAAGACUCCGCGGAUAUUGUUGUUAGCAGACAGUUGCGUUAUUUGUUAAUAUUUAUUAGGUAUAC